GAAAGGAUUGUUAAACACUUGUUUUAUUAGUCAUUUUGUUAGUCACCAAGUGGACGGGCUUUAUUUGAGAGGAACGCCCUGCCACACCCAGCCGGUAUGGCACGAAGUUAGGGUUUGUAACUGGAUACCACAGACUAGACUAGAGCCAGCCGUCGUGUUUUCUCCUGUGCUGUUCCCUGAAAUAUCCCCGAGCUCAAAACACGCACACCGGAACGGCCUCGAACCACAUACCUUAUUUUCGUUGUUACUUUCUUUCCAGUCUGGACACUUGAAACAGGAGAUAAUACUUUGUCAACAUGAAGUUUUAUUUGCUACCCGCGGUUCUCCUCCUGGUGACUGAGGCAUUGACGCAGGACGGAUUUGACCUGAUGGAUGCCCUUGAUGAUAUAGAUCCAACACCACCAAAGCCCAAAGAAAACCCAAAAGCCCCAGUGAAUCCUGACGAUGAUGAUAGACUGAGCCUUUUUGAUGCCUUAGGACCAGAUGAUCCAGAGCCAGCGAAACCAAAGAACCCAAAGCCCAAACCUGGAGAUUCUGGUGGCUUUGAAUUAGACCUGGAGGAUGCUCUAAAUCCAGACCCAAAUUCCAAACCAGACAAACCUGCAGUCAAUCCUCGAAGGCCUAGUGGAGGUGGAGGUCACUUUGAUGAUAAUGAUUUACUUGAUGUAAGUGAUGGAAACUACAGGCCUGAAGGAGGACGUGCAGGAAGUAGUGGCUAUGAUGAAGGUGGUGCUGAUCAGCCUCAAGAGGCUGGUUCCGGAACAAUUGCAGGAAUCGUCAGUGCUAUUGGUGUGGCUCUUGUAGGGGCUGCAUCCAGUUACUUUGCUUACCAGAAGAAAAAACUGUGUUUCAAGAUGCAAGGAGGUGCAGACCCAGAGAGCGGGAAACGGCAGCCUACACAGAAUGAUCCUCAAGUUUUUAGCAACCUGCUCAGGACAUCCUAGACAGCCCUCCGCAAAACAUACGCCUCUUCCAUGGAACUGCAUCUAACUUUUACGUCUUUCUUUGUACAAAAGUAUUGUGACUUCUUGGAAAAUUCUGCUGCCCGAUAGUCUGUUUUUUGUUGUUGCAAAGUUAAUUUUGCCAACAUGAUCAGUCACUGCAGAUUUGUCAUUUGUAACCAGCUACCCUUCUGUAAUGACACUUCCUGUUAUCAUUUUAGAAGGAAGAUCAAUUUGAUGUGUUUUGUACGUCACGUCUCAUAACAUUUUGUAGUAUAUGAAGUUGGUUUUGUGUCAAUAAUAGGCAGAAGUAUUAAAAUAGCUUGGUGCAGGUUUUUUUUUUUUUUUUUUUUUUUAAGGUUUACAAUGAUGGGUAUAAUCCAGGUAACUCGUGUCAUGAAAACCUUUUUUGUUGCAGUGGUAGCUUCACCUAGGGGUGCAUUGACUGCUGGCUUUUGUAAAUUACGGUUUCAAUGUUUGUUCUUUGUUUUUUUGUGAGGCCAUACUUCUGGUACGAGUUAACUUACAUUGGUAUCUGAACCUUUUGGAAUUUCUCACAUUUCUGUAUAAAAUCACAAUCUAACGUGAUCUGAUCAUACAGAUGAAAAAACAGUGUCUGCUUUAACUAAAACCACCCAAACAUUUAUAGGUUUUCAUAUUUUAAUGAUAGUAUGCAAACAAUGACAGAAGGGGGAAAAUAAGUAAGUGAACCAUCACAUUUAAUAUUUUGUGCCUCCCCUUUGGCAGCAAUAACUUCAACCAGACGCUUCCUGUAGCUGCAGAUCAGUCUGGCACAUCGAUCAGGACUAAUCUUAGCCAAUUCUUCGCUCCAAAACUGCUGUAGUUCAGUCAGAUUCCUGGGAUGUCUGGCAGGAAUCGCUAUCUUUAGGUCAUGCCACAUUAUCUCAAUGGGGUUCAAGUCUGGACUUUGACUUGGCCACUCCGUAACAUGUAUUUUGUUCUUCUGAAACCAUUCUGAUGUUGAUUUACUUCUGUGUUUUGGAUCAUUGUCUUGUUGCAGCAUCCAUCCUCUUUUUAACUUCAACUGUCUGACCGACGGCAUUAGGUUUUCCUGCAAAACAUCUUGAUAAACUUUUGAAUUCAUUAUUCCAUUAAUGAUUGCAAGUUGUCCAGGCCCUGAGGUAGCAAAACAUCCCCAAAUCAUUAUGCUCCCUCCACCAUGCUUCAUGGUGGGGAUGAGGUGUUGAUGUUGGUGAGCUGUUCUAUUUUUCCUCCAUACAUGACAUUGUGUUACUCCCAAACAAUUCAACUUUAGUUUCAUCAGUCCACAAAAUGUUUUGCCAAAACAUCUGUGGAGUGUCCAUGUGCCUUUUUGCGGACAUUAAAUGAGCAACAAUGUUUUCUUUUAGACCGCAGUGGUUUCCUCCAUGGAGUCCUCCCAUGAACAUAAUUCUUGGCCAGUUUUACAUAUAGUCGAUGUGCACAGAGGUAUUGGACUGUGCCAGUGACAUUUCUCUAAGUCUUUAGCAGACACUGUAGGGUUCUGUUUUACGUCUCUGAGUAUUCUGCACUGGACUCUUGGCCUCAUCUUUGGUGGAUGGCCACUCCUUGGGAGAAAAGCCACAGUGCCAAAAUCUCUCCAUUUGUAGACGACUUCUCUGACUUUCGAUUGAUGAACAUCCAGACUUUUAGGGAUGGUUUUGUAUCCUUUCCCAGCUUUAUACAAAUCAACGAUCCUUGAUCGCAGGUCUUCACACAGCUCUUUUGACCAAGCCUUGAUGCACAUCAGACAAUGCUUCUCAUCAAGAUAAUUCUUGCCAGGUGUGUUGUGUUUUAGUGGGCAGGGCAGCUUUAAACCACUCAUCAGUGAUUGGGCACACACCAGACUUGUGUGUUUAGUAAAAAUUUGUUUCAAUUACUCUUUAAGUCUCCUUGGGCAGAGGGUUCACUUACUUAUUUUCCCCCUUCUGUCAUUGUUUGCAUGCUAUCCUCAUUAAAAGAUGAAAACCUAUAAAUGUUUGGAUGUUUUUUUGUUAAAGCAGACCGUUUUUACAUCUGUGUGAUUUUGACAAAGAUCUGAUCACAUUUAAUGGUGAUUUUAUUCAGAAAUAUGAGACAUUCCAAAAGGUUCAGAUACUUUUCCAUACCACUCUACAUCAGAGGAAGCCACAACAUCCGCUCUAACAUAGUUUUAUUCACAAUUUGAGUUCAGUCACUGUAAAAAAAUAAACUCCUAAGUCAAGGUACCACUUUAUUUUGAUGGGUGAAUGUAAUGUCGGUGCACGUUUGAAGUAGAGAUUUGACUUUGUAUUGCUGCCUGAGGCUAAUUAAUAAAUAUUAGAACUGCAUUAAGAUUCAGGUAUCAGAAAACAAUUCCUUCAGUUAAUGUCCCACUAAACAUGAUUUAUUCCCUCCUAAAAACAUAUUUUUGCGUCAAAACAAAAUGAUUUUGGAGAAUUCAAAUGUUAAAUGCUUUUUUGUUUUUUUAAUAUUUGAUAUAUUUCAAAAUAACUAUUUUAAGAGUAUGCAUAAUUGAAACUAGCAUUUCUUACCAUUUUCAGUUCACAUUUGUAUUACAGAGGGAUUUACUCAUCAUGUUUUGUCUUUGUUGGCAGUUGCUACGGAUCAGUCACAACAUCUGGAAUGCAUUCAGUGUGUUACUUUUUCCAUAUUUCAUUAUGUUACAGUGCUUUAGUCAUUUUUUUCCUCAUUAUGGACCGUUGUAAAAUAUUCAAGGAAAAAAACAUCAAUUUCAUUUCAAGCUGUAAUAGCAAUAUCUGGAAAAAAGAAAAAACGAGAGUACUUUCUGGAUGAUCUAUAUGUUCAACAUGUUAUUGUAAUAAUCUUACUCUUGCCAAAUAAAGUUCUGUUAAUUUGU